AUGGCUGACUUCUAUAUCCGCUCAGCGCGGUCGCUCGAUCGUGUGCUGCGCGACGAGUGCUCGGUCAAAGCGGCCGCGUCCCCACACCCGGAUGCAGGCCGAAUCCUCGCGCUGCUGGUUAACUCGCUCGCCUUCCGCAGCGCUCUCCUGCACGCUCUGGGCGAGUCUCGCGUGCUCACUCUCGAGGAGCGCGUCUUCACCCUUGCGCCUCCUCCUACCGCUAAGGGCAAGGCGAAACCCAACCCCAAAGCGACCUCGUCGAAGAAGCCUCCUCCCAAAAGCAAGUCCGACCAACCGAGCAAAGAAGCCCUCCUCCUCGUCCUCACGCACGACCUGCUCUUCCAAUCGCGUGGCAUUCAAGCCGCGAAAACAUGGCCACCCAAAGUCACCCUCGAGCGAUACAAAUCUGCGCUGCACGCAUCGCUCGUCAAGCAGCAAAUCCGUCAGGGCAAAGCGCGCAUUUCCGACCUGCGCUCGGGGGCGCUCUACCACGAGAUGACGGCUCGCAUGCCACGGUGGGUGCGCAUCAACUCCCUUCGGGCUACACGGGAGGAAGUGUUUGACUGGCUCAGCGAGCACCGUUUCACCCAAGUCACUGGGGAAGAAGUGGGGCUGAGAGAGUUCGCAGAGUCGCGCCACGUACCCGGGCUCCUCGCGUUUCAUCCCAAGGCAACGAGCACGUUGUUAGCCAGCGAGAUGUAUAAGGAGAGCUGGGUGGUGUUGCAAGAUCUAGCCUCGUGCUUUCCGGCGUACAUCUUGGAUCCGCCUCGUGGGGGUAGUGUGGUGGAUGCAACCAGUGCUCCGGGCAACAAGACCAGCCAUCUCUCCGCGCUUAUGGCCCAACCGAUGGGACAGGACAAGGGGAGAGUGGAUGCGUUCGAACGAGACCCGGUGCGGUAUAGAACGCUGGUCAAGCGUCUCACGGCCGUAGGGGCGCUGCACACCUCGGGGGGGAUGGGAAACGUCUUUGCCCAGAAAAAAGACUUUCUCACCACCAAGCCAUCGGAGUAUCCGCAGGUGACGCACAUGUUGGUCGACCCCUCCUGCAGCGGAAGUGGCAUCGUCAACCGCCUCGACUUUUUGAACGAAGACGACGAGGUCGAGACCGAUCCUGCAGAGGGGGACGAGGGGAUGUCCAAGCUCGAACGCCGCCUGGCGCAGUUGAGCGCGUUUCAACUGCUCAUGCUCCGUCAUGCGUUUGCGUUCCCGUCGUUGCAAAAGGUGGUCUAUUCGACGUGCAGCAUCCAUGCUGCGGAGAACGAGGGCGUUGUGCUGCGCGCACUCGAGUCAGACGAAGCCAAGGAGAGAGGAUGGACGCUGGCCCCACGAAGCGAGGUCAUUCCAACCUGGCCGGUGAGAGGCGACAAGGCGGCGUGUGAGGGCAGAGAGGAAGUCGCGGACAGCGUCAUCAGAUGCGUACCUGGUGGAGUUGGGGACGGCGACAAGCCGAACGUGGAGAGCUGCAAUGGGUUCUUCGUCGCAUGCUUUGUCCGAAGCGCGACACAGGACGGGAAUGCGAAGAGGGCGAGACAAGACGAGUCAGAGCACGAUGACGACGAGGUGGCGGAAGAAGAUGAUGAAGAAACGGCUCAGGACGAGGGAGCAGAUGCUGCGGCCAAGACGAGCAGCGGUAAUGCAGCCGCGAACCGAAAGAAGAAGCUGCAGAAGCGACGGAAGAAGCAGCGCCUGCAGCAGGAACAGCAGUGA